AUGACAUCCCAAGUAGCAGCAACUAACUAUUCCAUCGAAAAACGUCCGGCAAGUUACGAUCAGUAUGAGUUUACUUUGUCCGAUCAGUACCGUAAUAUAGCGAAGGAGGAACUUCGGGAAGAUGACGAGAUCCGCGAGCAAUCGUUAGGGCAAAUGCGUGAAUGGAUUGCCAAACAUCCGUACAUCCGCAAGUGUCGCACGGAUGCAUCCUUUCUUCUACGUUUUCUGCGAUUUCGGAAGUAUUCAGUGCCGAUGGCUUGUGAAGCUUUGGAGCGAUAUCUUGCGAUGCGUGAAACGUUUCCUGCGUGGUUCAAAAAAUUGGACUGCAAUGAUCCUGUGCUAAGAGAAUUGCUCGAGGAUGGUAUGUUCGCAAAACUUGGCCAAGAUUCGGAUGGCCGUAUGGUGAUAAUGUUGCGCGUCAAGCUGCUGAAUCCAGACAAGUUCGGUCCAAUGGAGCAGGGUCGUUUGGUGGCGCUGAUAAUCGAAACACUGUUGGAAUGGGAAGAGUUACAGAUCGGAGGAUUCCGCGUGAUGAUCGAUUUUACCGAUACCGUCAUGAAACACUAUGGUUUGUGGGGCGUUACAGAUAUGAAGAUCUUCAUGGAUGCGAUCAACCGAUCGUACCCGAUUCGUUUCCGCGAGAUUAAUGGCGCGAAAUUUCCGAAAUUUGCCGCCUCGAUCCUGAAUUUGCUACUUACGUUCGCAAGCCCCAAGCUGAAGGAGAGAAUCGUUUGUCACAAUACGGUGUUGGAGAUGAAGGGAAAAUUGGAACCUUCACUACUACCAAAGUCGUACGGAGGAGAUCUCGAUACAGAUGAGCUAGGGCGUAAGUUUAUUAAACAUCUAGAAAAUCGUCGAAGUGUGAUACUAGCGCUGGAUGAUAUGGAAAUCGAUGUCGCACACUACUCAUCGCUUUGGAAUCAGUCAAAUUUGGUGGAAAAUGAGGUCGAGGGUGGUGUAGCUGGCAGUUUUCGGAAACUUAAUGUCGACUAG